CGCCAUGUCGGGGUAUAUCCCAUCACUCGAGUCAGUCGCCAAAGGCACUUUCGCGUCCGUGGCCGGGUUCUCAACUCUCAGUCUCGGCCUGCUUUACUACGGCCAAAACUACCUCAUUUAUCCGUCUUCUUUCCCGCCUGGUUCGCGGACAGAGGUAUCCGUCCCCUCAGCGUUUGGCCUCCCAUACGAAGAACUCGCGCUCGAGACGCCCGAUCGCGUAAAAGUACGCGCUUAUGUACUCGUUCAGCGGAAAGACCUUGCGCAAGGUGAAUCCGUUGUACUACAAGGGAAGGGGUCGAGUGGCAUGUCGGACGACGAGUACGCUGCGACGCGCCCGACAAUAGUGAUGUUCCACGGGAAUGGAGGGAACUUUGGCCAUCGUAUCCCACUUGCGAAGAUGUUCUAUGUUGAACUAAGGUGUAAUGUGUUCAUGUUAUCAUACCGCGGGUAUGGUCUUUCCGAAGGGUCUCCAUCCGAGAAAGGAAUUCGAAUGGACGCGCAGACGUCACUAGAUUAUUUAACGACCCAUCCUGUACUGUCGAAAACGAAGAUUGUUUUAUACGGCCAAUCCAUCGGUGGCGCAGUCGCAAUCGACCUCGCAAGCCGAAAUCCUUCAAAGAUCCAUGCUCUCAUCCUCGAAAACACCUUCCUCUCCCUUCCACGCCUGAUCCCAACCGCAAUGCCCCUCCUCUCCCGCGUCGCCUUUCUCUGCCACCAAAAAUGGGACACAGCAUCCAAAGUCCCUCUCAUCCCUUCUCAAACACCCAUUCUCUUGCUAAGUGGAGCAAAAGACGAAGUCGUCCCACGCGCACAUAUGGUUGAACUGGAAAGACUGGUACGAGGUGACCCGGAAAAACGUGGACAUGGAUUCGGGCUGAAAAGACCAGGUCAGAUCGUUGAGUUUCCCGAAGGGGCACAUAAUGAUACUUGCAUCCAGCGUGGAUAUUGGAAUGCUGUAGCAACUUUCAUCGAUCGCUACUGCUAAGCCGUAUGUGUUUUAGGAAUGUCUGCUGCAAUGUGUUUUGUUUGCGAAGAGAAAUUUCGCGGACUUUGGUUCCUGUUGUAUCAUAUACUCCGCCUAAAUAGAACUUAUAC